AUGCCGGUCGCCGACGAUACUCCUUCCGAGCGGAAGCACACCAGCAGCUCGUACAAAGAUGAGCUUGCACACUACAAGGCUCAAUAUGAGCAGCUGGAGGCGGAACUGGCGGACUUCCAAACGUCCAGCCGAGAGUUAGAAGCUGAGCUGGAGAAGGACAUUGAAGCUUCGGAGAAGCGAGAGCGACAACUCAAAGAGAAGGUCGAUACCAUGCGGUAUGAAGUCGAUGAAUGGAAGACCAAAUACAAGCAGUCCAAAUCCGAAGGCAACUCCGCACAGAACAACCUGCAGAAGGAAAUCACAACACUGCGCGACGCUCAUCGCACUUUGCAACUGAAGCUGCGGGAUAUCGAGGUUGCCAACGACGACUUUGAGCGACAAGCCCGGAAUACCACUUCGUCCCUGGAGGACAUGGAGUCCAAAUACAACAUCGCUAUCGAACGCGGCGUCCUGCUCGAGGAAGAAGUCAAGAAUGGAGAACAGGAGAGAGAGGGUCUUCGGAUUGAGAACCAGCGUCUUCGUGACGAAUUGUCCGAACUCAAAAUCGAAGCCGAGAUCGUCCAAGAGAAGCUCCGGAAUACCGAAUCGGGUGGUUUCCGUCGCCGAAAACCGACUCCGCUGUAUCGCAGCCCGUCGACCCCGCAGACCUUGGAUAUCUUCGAUCGUUCGCCUGGCACGACCACCUCUUCUCCUGUAUUCGCCACGCCCCCAGCCAAAGCAUCGCUGGCCUCGGCUGCCGCAACCCCCCGUCACCGCCCAUCUCGGAGUCCUCUACCAGCCUGCGCAGGUCGAUCAACGCCACCCCCAAGAGCUGCGGGCCCAGAACCGGUGACUUCCCGGUCCCUACACAAUGCUCGCGCCCAACCGCGCAGCACCCACACACGAACACCAUCUCUCGCUUACAGCAACGGUCGUUCUACUCCAUCCGUCUCCACCCGCACUAGCAUGACGAGAAUGAACGGAACGAACUCACAGCGACCAUCGGGACUUCCCAAGUCGGGAUCCCUAUAUCAGAUCCGAGGCCUGAUUGGCAAGAUGCAGAAGCUCGAGGAACGGGUCCAGUCUGCCAAGUCACGGCUUCCAGCACCGUCCGACACUUCUUCGCGCGGAUCACCCCGCUCGGGAUCCGUUGCGGGCGAUAGUCCAGUCCCUUCGAACAUCACCGUGCGGAGAAGCUCUCGCAAGCGGCUGAGUGGCAGUAGCUUUGGCUCGUCCGUGCGAGACAGUGAGGGCACCCCUUCGUAUAUUCCGCAGGGUCGCCAGUCAUUUGGAACUCGUACUCAGGGUGACAGUCGCCCCAGCAGUCGGACCAGCUUCUCCAGUCGCAGCUCUUUCAGUCAAAGCGUCCAUUCCGGCAUGCCGAUAGGUCGGCCCGAAAGCCGACAAAGCCGCCCCGGUGCAAAAACUCCACUGGGCCAUUAUUCGACCAACCCAAUCACGGAAAGCCGGCGACCUCGUUCAUCGCUGAGCAACCACGCCGGGCAGAACUCCGGCGUUGCAGGAAUGACUCAUAUUGAGGAGGACUGUGAUGUUUCUACCCCUACUUCCCGUAUACCCCAGGAUCUGCGCCGGCCGUCGGUCUCGGCUACCCCAACUGGACUGAAAAAACGAACCACUAGUGGUGUCUCCGCGAUCCCCACUCCCCGCAGUUUCAAGACCAGCAUUGGACCCGGGGCUAUGCCGCCCCUUGAUCGGAAGACUCAAGUCAGUGACUUGGGAGAAACUUUUUGA